AUGGAUAUAACAUUAACUGGAACCCUUCUAUUAACUGUGCUGAUCUCUUGUCUAUUGAUAUACUCAACAUGGAAUAAAAUGUAUAGGAAACGUAAUCUACCCCCAGGGCCAACACCAAUUCCUUUGAUUGGAAACCUACUGCAAAUUAAGAUGGGUGAGAUGGUAAAGUCUUUAAUGCAGCUUGCUGACAAGUAUGGCUCUGUUUACACAGUAUACUUUGGAUCACGCCCUGUAGUUGUUAUUAGUGGCUACCAGGCUGUGAAAGAAGCUUUAGUUGAUCAAGGAGAGGAGUUCAGUGGGAGAGGAAACUUGCCAUCAGUGGACAAAAUUUUUAAAGGUUUUGGUGUUGUUUUUAGCAAUGGAGAACGCUGGAAGCAGCUUCGUCGUUUCUCGCUUACAACCCUGAGGAAUUUUGGGAUGGGAAAAAGGAGCAUCGAAGAAAGGAUCCAAGAAGAAGCACAGUUUCUGGUAGAAGAGCUAAGAACAUAUAAACACAAGUUGCACAAAGAAAUUGACAGUGUGAUUGGACGAAACCGAAGCCCAAAUAUUGAAGACCGGAGCAAGAUGCCGUAUAUGGAUGCUGUGAUCCAUGAGAUCCAGAGAUUUAGUGACAUUAUUCCUUUAAAUGUACCACACACUGUUAUUAAGGACACUAACUUCAGAGGCUAUACAAUACCCAAGGGUACUGAUGUCUACCCCCUGCUCUGCACUGUUCAUAGAGAUCCAAAACAAUUCUCAACACCAUAUAAAUUCAAUCCUGGUCACUUUCUGGAUGGCACCGGUUGCUUUAAGAAAAGUGAUGCAUUCAUGCCAUUUUCCAUAGGUAAGCGGAUUUGUCUGGGCGAGGGCUUGGCGCGCAUGGAACUCUUUUUGUUCCUUACCAGUAUCCUACAGAACUUCAAACUGACAUCACAGACACACUUUACAGAAGAUGACAUUGCCCCUAAAAUGACUGGAUUUGCAAAUGUCCCCAUAAAUUAUCAGCUCUCAUUUUUGCCCCAUUAAAGGGACAUUGCCCACUAGAUUUUACUUUCCAUAAAUGUUUUGUAGAAGAUCCAUUUAUAUAGCCCAUCUGGAUGUGUUUUUGUAAAAAUGUAUAGUUUUGCUUAUUUUUAAAUAACAUUGUGCUGAUUUUCAGACUCCUAACCAAGCCCCAAAGUUUUAGAUGUAUACUGAUGUAUACAGAGUUCAGAUUGCUGCUAUUUGUAUAAUGGGUCUUUUCAUAUGCAGGGGAGGGGUUUGUUCUGCUCUCAGCCCCUUUCAGUUGGUGUCCCAGGCUAAUUUUAUCAACAGUGCUAAACUGGGAGCUUCUAAGUAAGUUUUUAAAAGGUUUUAUAUUGGAUUUUUAGAUCAGUAUCUGUGCAUAUUCUUCUUUAUAGUAUUGUCUAUUACAUGCAGUAUAAAAUUGAUGUAUAGUGUCCCUUUAAAGCUUUAUCUUAUUGCAAAGUCUAUGUUUUGUUUUAACAAUAUCUUUAUUUCAAUUAUCUUAUCUGAACAAUUGUUUCUGAUAGUUUGAGCCUACAAUGCCAUUGUUUCUCAACAUAUAAUUGAUAAAUUGAGUUCAGCUUAUAUCCCAAUAUCUACAUAUGCUUCUAUUGCAGAUAACAUGAUUUUGGUCUCUUGAUUCUAGCUGCUACUGUUCUCCUGUGUAAUGAUUUGCAUAAUGUGGCAAACAACAUAUAAACAAUAACAUUUCUAAGGAAUUGGAACUUCCAUUUGAAAUUCUAUGGCUCAUGUUGUUUAUAUAAUUUGCCAUCUUUAAAGGGACAUUAAAGGGACAGUCAACACCAGAAUUGUUGUUGUUUUAAAAGAUAGAUAAUCCCUUAAUUACUAAUUCCCCAGUUUUGCAUAACCAACACAGUUAUAAUUAUACACGUUUUACCUCUGUAAUUACCUUGUAUCUAAGCCUCAGCAGACUUCCCCCCUUAUUUCAGUUCUUUUGACAGACUUGCAUUUUAGCCAAUCAGAGCUGUCUCCAUGGUAAAUUCACGUGCAUGAGCUCAAUGUUAUCUAUAUGAAACAUGUGAACUAAUGCCCUCUAGUGGUGAAAAACUACCAAAAUGCAUUUAGAUUAGAGGUGGCCUUCAAGGUCUAAGAAAUUAGCAUAUGAACCUCCUAGGUUUAGCUUUAAACUAAGAAUACCAAGAAAACAAAGCAAAAUUGGUUCUAAAAGUAAAUUGGAAAGUUGUUUAAAAUUACAUGCCCUAUUUGAAACAUGAAAGGUUUUUUUUUUACUUGACUGUCCCUUUAAACACUAAAUAAAUGCUAGAUAGAAUAAUGCAUUCUAAGAAAAGAUUAGUCUGAGAAUAACAUGUAGAUGUAUUUUUUAAAGUUUCAUUAGCUGUUGAAAUAUUAACAAAAUAAGUUCAAAGUUUUAGUGUCUAUAAAACAAUGGUAGCUGCCAUGUUGUAACUUAGGUUACCUUCACUGCUGUGGCCAAUUAGAGACAGUUAUAAAUAGGUCACUAGAGUGUGCAGCCAAUGGCUGUGUGGAAUAUAACAGUGUUCAGCACUUCCAUUUCUAACAGGAGGUGAAAAGCUCACAAUUUCAGAAUGGAAUUACAGGAAAAGGGGACAAAAUAAAUAAUGAAAGUAUACUGCAGAGUGGUUUUUAUAUACACAGUUUAUCAUUUUAUAUUUCCAUCUCAAAGUGUUUAAUGUCCCUUUAAUAACUUGUUUGAAAGAUGUUUAAUAUUAAAUCAGUUAACCAAUUUCUUGCAGAGAUCUAUUCAAAGAGAAACAAAAAACAUAAUAGAAGACUGCUGCUCCAUAACCCUGUCUGCCUGCUCUUAUGAGGUGGACAGAGAUCACCACAAUUCAACCCGAUCGAGUACGAUCGGGUUGAUUGACACCCCCCUGCUGGCGGACGAUUGGCCGCCAGUCUGCAGUGGGCGGCUUUGCACCAGCAGCUUACAAGAGCUGCUGGUGCAAUGCUGAAUACGGAGAGUGUAUUGCUCUCCGCAUUCAACAAUAUCUGUCAGACCUGAUCCGCACUGUCGGAUCAGGUCCAACAGACAUUUGAUAAAUAGGCCUCUUUAUCUGAAUCAUGGAAGGACAUUUUUGGGUUUCAUGGUUAGGAGGAAAAAGAUAUUCUUGAAAAGUUGUUAGGUGUAAAAGAGAAACUUUUUCUUAUACACGGGUCACUCAAAACUGCAAUGAAAUAAACCACGUAUUGCAGAUAGAUCACAUGAAUGCUUAGUGGAACAAUAAAUAUUCUACAGAGCUAAAAUGAACUGUUAGAAACAGAGAAGGAAUCCCAUGAUAAUCUCCUUGCAGAGAAGAUCCUUGAUCUUUUAUGGAGCUUGUGGGCUGCUAGUCAGGAGGUCCUCAAGGCUGGGUUGGCCUAGAAGGAUACCAGGAGAUUUCCCAGUGGGUUGCAGCAAUUUAAAGGGGUGAUUAAUGGAGGCAAUGGGGUUUUAGAGUGCAUAUAGCAACAUUCUGGAACUUUUUUUUUUAAUACAAAAGAAUAUAAUAUCAUUUUGAAACAAAAUAUUUGGGGAUAGAGUAUCCCAGUAAUCCUCUUUAAGAAAAAUAGGGUGUGCGCAUUAUACUGAGUGAACGGAAAAUAGGGCUGGUCUCCAAAUUUUCCAGGGUUACUUUUUAUUCCCAGUCUGGCCCUGGAGGUCCUACAAACCCAUAAAAAGAUAAUUGAUUUCUUGUAGAAAUAUUCAGCAAACCAUUAGGAAGAUCACAUCUUUGCUAUGCACAGGCUUCAUGAACAUUGAGGAAUAUAAUACAUUUCUCGUAGAGAGAAAGCAUGAAUAUUUAGGAAAAAAACAAUGUCUACAACUGAAUCAAUUAUGGAUUAAUACUACAAAUUUAAAGAAGGCAAACCAUUCUUUGCAAAGAGUUCAUGUGAAUAUUGUUGGUAAAAUGAUUUCUUGUACAAUGUCCCCAUGCAUAUUGAGAAAGGGAAACCAUGGCUUUCAGCAAAUGUGAUGUAAUUUCCCUCUCCUGAGAUCCAGAAUGUGUUUCAUUGUUCAGCAUUGGGAGCAGAACCUCUCAAUGGUCCGCUAUACCAUCUAUAUAAGCUAUAUAAAACUGUGUUUUACUUUAUUCUAAUGCAUCAAUGUCCAUCUAUGACAUAACUGUAAUGUUCUAUCCAUUACAACUUGGUCAAAAUAAAAAAAUAAAAAAACCCUACUAAGCUCAAUUUCCAAUGGCUGUAAAGAUUCCCAUUGUUUUUAAAUAUCUUGCAUGGAAUAUCUUUUCCAGUUGUAGAUUAUG